GAAACCAAGUUCCCCGGCAACGAGCAGCAUCAACCCGGCGGGAGGCGGGAGGCCGGAGCCAGAGAGGCCCAAAAGGCUGCGGAGUGAGCCGGCCGCUCGGUGUCCAGCGCCCCGCCCCCCCCCUCGUCCUUCUUCCUCGGCCGCCCAGCCCUAAAUUUCGACCAGCUUUUUCGCCUACGGAAAUCCUAGGGAGGGGGUUAGGAGCAGCUGCGCCCCCCUCCCUGCGGCUGCCGCCCCCUGCUUUUUCGGCGCUGCUCCCUGCCGCGUGCGCCCGGGCAGUGCACCUCGGCAGGCCCCAGCCAUGUCGAUGCUGCCGUCGUUCGGCUUCACGCAGGAGCAAGUGGCGUGCGUGUGCGAAGUUCUGCAGCAAGGCGGGAACCUGGAGCGUCUGGGCAGGUUCCUGUGGUCGCUCCCCGCCUGCGACCACCUGCACAAGAACGAAAGCGUGCUCAAGGCCAAGGCCGUGGUUGCCUUCCACCGCGGGAACUUCCGCGAGCUCUACAAGAUCCUGGAGAGCCACCAGUUCUCGCCUCACAACCAUCCCAAGCUGCAGCAACUGUGGCUGAAGGCGCACUACGUGGAGGCCGAGAAGCUGCGCGGCCGGCCGCUGGGCGCGGUGGGCAAAUAUCGAGUGCGCCGAAAAUUCCCGCUGCCGCGCACCAUCUGGGACGGCGAGGAGACCAGCUACUGCUUCAAGGAGAAGUCACGGGGCGUGCUGCGCGAGUGGUACGCGCACAACCCAUACCCCUCGCCUCGUGAGAAGCGGGAGCUGGCCGAGGCCACCGGGCUCACCACCACCCAGGUCAGCAACUGGUUUAAGAACCGGAGGCAAAGAGACCGGGCCGCGGAGGCCAAGGAAAGGGAGAACACCGAAAACAAUAACUCCUCCUCCAACAAGCAGAAUCAACUCUCUCCUCUGGAAGGGGGCAAGCCGCUCAUGUCCAGCUCAGAAGAAGAAUUCUCACCUCCCCAAAGUCCAGACCAGAACUCGGUACUUCUGCUGCAGGGCAAUAUGGGCCACGCCAGGAGCUCAAACUAUUCUCUCCCUGGCUUAACCUCCUCGCAGCCCAGCCACAGCCUGCAAGCCCACCAACAUCAGCUCCAGGACUCCCUGCUGGGCCCCCUCACCUCCAGUCUGGUGGACUUGGGGUCUUAAGUGGGGAGGGGCUGGGCCUGGAAGCAGUGACUAGGGACACCUGUAAAUAGAAAUCAGGAACAUUUUUGCAGCUUGUUUCUGGGGUUCUCUGCAUAUAAAGGAAUGGUGAACUUUCACAAAUAUCUUUUUAAAACUCAAAACCAACAGCAAUCUCAAGCUUAGUUGCCUUCUUCUUCUCUCCGACUCUUGCAUUUCCCAUCCCAGUGCAGAGAUCAGGAAAAAAAAAAAAAAACCCAAACAAACAAAAGCACCCAGUCACCCAGUCUUGGUUCUGGGCAAUCCAUGUGCCAGCUUCAGUAGCCUUUCUUUUUUUUUCAGUGAAUGGGAAUUACAAAUCAACUGGAUUUUAAAUAUUUCCUUUUAAUUUAUUUAUGGAAAAGUCUUUUGGGGAAGAGGAAAAGGAAAUGAAGAAAGAGAGAGAGAAGUCAAAAUUGUGAAAAUAAGAGCCUCCAGCCAGGAGGAACUGGUGGCAUUCUUAAGGUGAAUAGAAAAAAUAUGAUCUUAUAACUUUCUGAUGGGGAAAAUUAAGUUUACAUUUUUCAUUAUUUAGUGUUAAACACUUUUAUGUAGAUUAAAAUGAAAGAACAGUAUUAGGGGGAAAAAAAAGUGCCUAAACGUCUUAAUGCUCUCUGUGUAAGGCAGUUAGAAAUAGCAGUGACCAUUAGUAAUACAACUAUUUUUGUCAAAUUUAGUGGGGUUUUUGGUUGUUGUUUGUUUUCUUGGGUUUUUUUAAUGGCAAACUUUAAAAAUGUACCAAUGUGAAAAAAACACUUUCCUGAAUGCCAUUACUUCUCAUGCCCUUGAAGCUUUCAUAUCUGUAGCCUACUCCUGUUAAGGGUUUCUUUUGUUUCUAGUUUCUAGCCUGCAAAAAUAUACGACAAAUCUGGCAACCUGGUAUUUGUUACUAAAACAGCAUGUGUUUUCAGGUUUCUUUUCUAUUGUACCUAAACCAGUCUAAAUUAAAACUUAGUAGAACACCAGGAGUAUGAUUCUGUUUCUGAAAGGUGAGUUGUGUAUUGCUGUCAUUGGCCUCCCCCUCUUUUUUUUUUGAAGUUUUCUUGCUUUCUUACUUAAUGGUGGUUGUGAAUUGCAGGGUACUUUGAAGGCCACCACCUGAGCCAGGAGUGGUGACUGAGUUGAUUAUGUGACAGAAAAAGAGUGAAAUUAGCUUUGGGGUAUUUAUUUUUUUAUUAUUUAGGUAUGAAGUUUUGUUUACCACUAGCUCUUCUCCACAGCGUUCAUAUGUUAACUCCCGCUCUUUUGUAUUAAUGGGUUUAUGACAAGACUGUGAAAGUAAAAUAAUUUAUCUGCUUGGAAAGAAAAGGGGGGGGGCACUUGAACAAGGAUAACAACAUUGUGAAUUAAUCUGUAUAAAUAGAAAGCAGACCAGUAGGACCAGAGCUCUUUGCGCUGCUGCCGGAUAGUGUCCAGAAAAAUCCCAGUAAUCAUGUAGGCUCCAUAUUAUUUUUGCCUGGGGCAAAAAUGAUGUAUCUUUGUAUUUAGCUUUUAAAAUUAGUGAAACAAAUGGCAUUAUUUAUUAAAAUUCUACUCAGGAUAA